AUGCAGGAGACUCAGGUUCAAUCCCUGGGUCGGGAAGAUCCCUUGGACAGAGAAAUGGCAACUCACUCUGGAAUUCUUGCCUGUGAAAUUCCAUGGACAGAGGGGCCUGGCAGGCUACAGUCCAUGGGAUCGAAAGAGUCAGACACAACUUACCCAGUAAACAACAGCCAUCUUAAUGGGUAUGGAUGGUAUCUCAUUGCCGUUUUGACUUGCAGUCCUCUGCUCAUUUUAAAACUGGGUUGUUUUUGUUGUUGUUGCAUGUGGUUCUUUAUAUAUGCUGAAUAUUAUAUCAGAUAUAUGAUUUGCAAGUGUGUUUUCCCAUUCUGUGGGUUGCCUUUACACUCUGUUGAUAGCAUCCUUUAA